AUCAAUUUUUGGAAACUACAAAAUAUCUACAAAAAUGUUUGCCCGUUUGAAUUUACUCGCCGCUCUGCUGCUCUUCGCCAUAUUCAAAGAUUUCACAUGCGGCCUGCGUCUGGUCGAGGUGCGCAUUCCGCCCUACGUGGUAAAGGGCGGCUCGGUGCAGUUGGAGUGCCUGUACGAUCUGGAUGGCGAGGCCCUCUACUCGGUCAAAUGGUAUAAGGAUGGCAACGAGUUCUACCGCUACGUGCCACGCGAUAAUCCGCCAGCGCAAACAUUUCGUUUGCCAGGUGUGGCAGUCGAUUUGCACAACUCGAGCGAUGCGCUUGUUAGCCUCCUCAACCUCAAUCUACAGUCGACAGGACGCUUCCGUUGUGAGGUUUCCGGCGAGGCGCCAUCUUUUCAAACGGUCACUCAGCACGGCGAUAUGAACGUUGUCUCACUGCCGGAUCAGGGGCCGCCAAAAAUAAGCGGCGGACGUCCGCGUUAUCAAAUUGGCGACUGGGUGCGCGUCAACUGCACUGCGGGCCGCUCCAAGCCGGCUGUCAAUCUGUCCUGGUACAUCAAUGGCGAGCUUGCCGACAGCCAAGUGCUGCGUAAAUACGAUACCAUUGUCUCUGGCCGAGAGAGCCUCGAGACCACCGUGCUGGGCCUGAAGUUUCGCGUGGAGCAGCAGCACUUCCGCAAUGGCGACAUGAAGCUCAAGUGCGUGGCCUCAUUGUCGACCUUCUACUGGCGCAGCAACGAGGAGUCCGUGGAGGGCGACCGCCCGCAAAAGGCGCCAGUGCUCGAGUCGCGCGAGAGUGAGAGCGCCUUCGCCAGUAACUCGCGCGCCGAUCCGGUGCAAGGUACGUCAUACCGGGAAUUAUUUGUUACAAAACUCUUAUCGAUUUUCAUUCAACCAAAUGCAGCCAGCAAAACGGAUUCAUUGCUCCUGGCCCGUGCGCCCAGCGCGCUGCUGUUGCUCGCGCUGGCCACGGCGGCCACUUGGGCCGGCAUCGCCACCAACAGCUGGCCACAGUCGGUGCCCAAGCUUGUUGAGCGCAAUGCCAAAGUUAAUGUUAAAGAGAGACCUGUUUUAGUUGAGCUACUACUAGCGGCUAAGCAAAAAUUCCAAAGCCUCGCGCGUCAGCUGCGACGCUCUGCCUCAGCCUCAGCGUCGACAGCGGCGUCACGGCAGCCGCAGCCGCAGCAGCAGCAAAUGUUGUUGUCUGCGCGGUAGCUGCAUUAAGUUUUCUCUGCCCCUCGCCCCCGCCCAAAACAUUUUCCAUACUAAAUUUCCGUCUUCGCUAUGCAUAAAAUACAAACCAUAAAGAAAAGCAUGUUGAAAAAUAUAAGAAAAGAAUAAGAAAAGUUCUG